CUUUAUCUCUGUUUGGCACUUGAGUUAGUCGACUGAUUCUUUGGAAUUGCAGUGCUGCUACUUCUGAGACCUCAGCCAGGGCUGACGACCAUGAGAUGGAGGACGCAGCAACCUCAAACCCUGCUCCAUCCAAUGUCGUUAUCACUCUUCCUGAUGAUGAUGACGAUGAGGAACCACUGAAGCACAGGAGGAGCAGGAAAGCGUCUGCCGACAGGGUGGCCCCGGAUGUGACGGCGCCCGAGACUCUGGUCGCGGAGGAGGAGAACACCACUCGACACACCGUCUCUUUCGUGGUGCCGUUGACGAGUGCUUAUCCUGCUUCGUCGAGUGCCGCACAACCUUCUCUCUUCACGAUGCACCACAUCCCAGAGGACCAAGCCAGUGCUGCUAAGGAAGCGAUACGCCAAGCGGGGAUCAUAAUGGAGCAGGUGAAGGCCAUCCGGGAUGCGAGCCAGGCAGCUUACGACGCUAGUUCUGAUUAA